AUGGCUGUGAUACGCGACAAGGGCGAGAUGAGGUCGUGGUCAAGGUCACGGAGGAAGGCGGGUGGUGGCCUCGCCCUGGUGCCCACCAUGGGCUAUCUCCACCGGGGUCACCUGUCGCUCGUGGAGGAGGCCAAGAAGCGGGCACAGUUCGCCGUCGUCUCCAUCUACGUGAACCCCGGCCAGUUCGCCCCCACGGAGGACCUCGACUCGUACCCCUCCGAUCUCCAGGGGGACCUCCGUAGGCUGGCGGAGAUGGGGGUCGAUGCCGUUUUCUGCCCCACCAACCUUUACGACUAUGGGGAAGGCCGCGGCGUUGUUGGCGAUGGGGAGAGGGAAAGUUUUGCUGGGGCUGGAAGUAUCGGCGGCGGGGACGUGGGCAGAGAGGGGAAGUUGUUGUCCUGUGUUGAGGACAGGGGCGGAGAGGGAGCAGGGCACGAGACCUGGAUCAGAGUAGAAAGAUUGGAGAAGGGGUUGUGCGGGAGUAGCAGGCCUGUUUUCUUCAGAGGAGUCGCCACGGUUGUGGCCAAACUGUUCAACAUAGUGGAGCCCGACGUCGUGGUGUUUGGGAAGAAAGAUUACCAGCAGUGGCGCAUCAUCCGCCGGAUGGUGAGAGCUCCGAUUCCUAUUCCCUCUCUCCCUGGUUUCCACUUUACGCGCUUUCUUUCAUGUCGACUCUGUUUCUCGAUUUCUGCAAUAGCUGCCCGUUUUUUUUUUCCCCUGCAAAUUUUUGAGAUGGAGCUGUGAAGAAAGAAAAUCCAGUGCGCCAUUUGUCGAUGCAUCUGAUUCUCUAUAUGAGCGAGUGAUCCGUUCGGCAUAAUCGCGAGCUUCAUAGAAUCAUCAAAAGCCAGUUCGACGCAGGAACUUGGAGCCUGAAAAGGUUUUCUGACCAUAUUCCACUCUUACUUCAACGUUUCAACGGCAGAUGGGAGGGCGCAGCCUGGGUCCUUAGUAUGCGAUGAUUCUGGCUCGACAAAACCUGCUACUGCUGGAAGCCAGGAUCUCGAAUGAUGAGAAUAUUAUGUUAGGAGAAGUAUUGUGACGUUUCUCUUCCAGAGAUUUAUCCCUUUUUCUUUGUUUGAAGCUCACCUGCUUCUCAAGCUUCUUACGGGUUCUUGCUUAUUUCUCCUUCGUAACACGUCUUACUUUAAAAUUAAAUAAAUUAUAUUCCAUGACUAUAUUCUAAUCUGUACUUUGAAAAAUAUUUUCCCAAACCUGUUCUUCAACUUGGUACCAGGAGGCUGUGUUCCUCUGCUCAUGGCAAGCAAUUUCUUCAAUUCCCUUAUUAAAUAUUGGAGGAAAAAUAAGUAAAUAGGCUUGAAAAAUACCAGAGGGGUACUUGUUUGUGACUCUGGAAACUGACCCGCAAAGUAUGCAGGAUCAAUGAAGGAUUGGUGUUGGCCCUUUUCUUUGUUUUUUCUAAUAAAUAUCUGUGCUUGAGAAAGAACAGAAAAAAUGUGAUCAUCGUUUAUUUACUUAUCUCCUUCAUCGUGCAAGCCCACAUUCUGCUCUUUAUCUCCUUCAAUUUGCCCCAUUUUGUGCAGCCUUUUGUGCCAUUUACAUCCAUUCAUAUGAAAACCAAUUUAAUCAGGCUUUGUUCUCCUCCAAUCCGGUCCCUACUCUCGAUGCUAUCUGACUUAAAACAUUUGUCCCAGGUUCGAGAUCUUGACUUUGCUAUCGAUGUCGUCGGUCUAGAAGUUGUGCGUGAGAUCGAUGGCCUCGCCAUGAGCUCCCGCAAUGUUCUCCUCUCGCCCACAGAGCGUCAACAGGUUUGCCCUUCUGUUGACUAAAUUUUAUGUCAACAGCGUUGGACUUUAUAACCAACUGGAUGUUAUCUGGGCAUGCAUUAAAACUUAGUCGAAGCCCCAUAGAAGCAAGGUAAGGCUCAGGCUUUGGGUGGUAUCAUCCAGGAUUCGACUCUCUUAAUCUAAUUGGUGUGAGAAACGAUAGACAUUGUGAUAUCCAUUAUAUUAUUUUUAUUGACUCAUCUUAUUAGACUCUAUACACCAAACAUGACAAUAUCUUCUCUCUCUCUCUCUCUCUCUCUCUCUCUAUAUAUAUAUAUAUAUAUAUAUAUAUAUAUAUAUAAAGUGUAUUUAAAAAAAUAUAUGUGGCUUGAAUGAAGACUUUGAAUAUUGAUAUUUAUUAUAAUGCCAUUGCAUCGUCCAGGAUUUACUCUACGGUGACAUUUUUUUCAACUAUCUUUCUCUCUCUCUCUCUCUCUCUCUCUCUCUUUUUUCCCGUUGUUCUUCUUGAUUGAAAUCACAUAUCAAGGACUGGUUGUUCAGGCCUUGUCCAUCAGUGAGUCCCUCUUGAAGGCAAAGGUCGCCGUUCAAAAUGGGGAAACCUCCUGCGAAGGCUUGAAGGCUUCAGUAACUCGGUCAAUAACUCAGGCGGGUGGUCGAGUUGACUACGCAGAGGUAAUUUUUUACAAAUUUUGGUGGGUUAUUUUUGUCUCAAUAAUUAUUUCUUCACAAAUUUUCGGUGCGACAGAUCUCUUCAUUGACAGUCUGAGGUUCUCUUUUAUCUACCUGGAACCGACCAUUUAAGUCCCAUUCUCUGAUAGCUAAUUAAUUAUUUUUCGACUCAUAUUAAAUUAUCAAGAAAUAAGACCUGUUACUUCCGUAGAGAUGAGUCUUCAGAUCCAUGGACGAAGAAUUAAAUAAUUUUUGUAUAUAUAUUUAAUAAUAGACAGCAGAUCAAGUGGGUGAGGAGAAUUCUCAUGCUCCUGGUACCUUUGUUACUGAGAAAAAUAAAAAAAUAAAAUCUUUCGUUAUUUCUGCAGAUUGUUGACCAGGAGAAUCUUGGAGUUGUGAAGAGAAUAAGGAGCCCGGUGGUGUUCUGCGUGGCGGCAUGGUUUGGAAAGGUGAGGUUGAUUGAUAACGUAGAGAUCAGCCUGUGA